AACGGCACCUCCGAAGAAGGGUGAGCAGUAUGCUGUCAGUGUGUGGAGGUCACGCUGCUGCCGUGUUGUGGACCCAUCAUGUCCGUGUUUUUCCCCACUCUCCUGCUCUGUGUUUACGGAUUCUUCUCCAACCUGCGGCCGUCGGAACCGUUCCUCGCCGCCUUCCUGAUGGGACCGGACAAGAACCUGACGGAGACCCAGGUUGUGAACGAGAUCUUUCCCAUCUGGACGUACUCGUACCUGGCGUUGCUGUUUCCCAUCUUCCUGGCCACGGACUACCUCUGUUAUAAACCUAUCCUGGUGCUGCAGGCCUCCAGUUUAGUCGUCACCUAUGUGAUGCUGCUGAAGGCGCAGGGCAUGCUCGCCAUGCAGCUGAUGGAGUUCUUCUACGGCCUGGCCACGGCGUCGGAGGUGGCCUACUACUCGUACAUCUACAGCGUGGUGGAGCCGGCUCACUACCAGAGAGUGACCGGCCUCUGCCGCUCCAUCACUCUGUUCGGAUCGGCGGCGGGAUCUCUGACCGGUCAGCUGCUGCUCUCCGUGGCCAAAGUUGAGCUGCUGCACCUCGUCAUCAUCACGCUGACGGCGGCCGCCUUGGCCUUCGUCGCUCCCUGGUUUCUGCCCAUGCCCAAGAGGAGUCUGUUCUUCCACAAGAGUCCAGGAUCAGCGGAGGAGGGACAGAAGGGGGGCAGCGCCGCCCUGCUGGAGAAGGCUGACGAUGCAGAGAGUAAAGUGCCUCUAAACAUCCAGUACGCCCCGGUGAGAGACGUUCAGAUUCAAGUUUUCAAAAUGAUCUUCUUGAUUCUGUCUCUGCAGGAGUUUGUCUGCAGAUUUAAAAUGCAAACAUCCGCUCUCUGUCUCCAGAUAUCCAGCUCCUCUGAGACCGAGCGUCCUCGGAGGGGUCUCCUGGACGUGCUGCGGAUGCUGUUUGACGACUUCCUGCAGUGCUACAGGUGUCGCCCCCUGCUGGCCUGGUCGCUGUGGUGGGCUCUGUCCACCUGCGGAUACUUCCAGAUCCUCAACUACGCUCAGCCGCUGUGGGAGAAAGUUCGUCCAUCGCACGAUUACGAGAUCUACAACGGAUACGUGGAGACCGCGUCCACGCUGCUGGGUGCUCUGGCGGCUCUCCUGGUGGGCUACCUGCCCGUGAGCUGGUCUCUGUGGGGCGAGCUGGCUCUGUGUGUCAUGUCCCUGCUCAUGGCCGUGUGCGUCUUCGUCAUGGACAUGCUGAAGAACAUCUGGCUGUGUUACGCCGCCUACAUCGUCUUCAGAGCCGCGUACAUGCUGCUCAUCACCGUGGCAACGUUUCAGAUCGCAGCCAAUCUCAACAUGCAGCGUUACGCCUUAGUGUUCGGGGUGAACACCUUCAUGGCCCUGCUGCUGCAGACUCUGCUCACGCUGGUCGUCGUGGACUCCGUCGGCUUCGGCCUCGACGUCUUCACUCAGUUCUUCAUCUACGGCGGAUACUUCACUCUCAUCGCGGUGGUGUUCCUCCUCGCCGGGUUGUGCAAACUGGUCUCCAGGAGGCGCUCUGAGGAGGAGGUCUUAGGCAACGGCUCGGCAGAAACCGGAUCAGACUCUCCUCCAAUCAGUGACACCUGAUGGCAAUCACGAUAUGUCUUAAAGUUUGAACCUUUCAGUUUAGAGAGCAGCAGAGUAGAAAAUAACACUUUACUUAGUGAAACCUAAAACUUUAAAGGAGCUUUUAGACCGUCGUUUUAGACUUCAAAUGUCCGCUAUAUUCCGUUAUAUGUUCAUGACACAAUGAAAGAAAUGAGCAGAAUGAAAUUUGCCCCUUUUUGCCUUCAGACUCGAUGAGCAGCACUUUAUAUCAGCGAGCACUUCUCCACGUUUACUUUGACACCAGCCAAAAAAAGAAAAGAGUUUAUUUGAAUAUUUAUUGUUUCCUCCUGUCGUCGUGUGUGAGACGUUUGGGUACUCGUGAGGAGAAUCAGUGUUGGGAUGUUAAGUCUCUGUUUUUUAUGAAAUGUCACCUGUAGCUCUUGUGAGACUUCAGGAUAUCGCUCUGAGAUAAUCUGUUGAUACUUGAUGUUUUUAAAAAAGUGCCUCGAACGUUCAAAAACGCUGCUUCUGCAGUGAGACAUUCCUGAAUUCUUCCAGGGAUUUAAAGAGUUUCUUCAUUGUCAACAGAUCUGAUGAACGGACAAAAACCAGCAAUGAUUGAGUCCACUUUGUUCGGACUUCCUGUCUUUAGCUCUCAGCCCCGAGCUCAUUGGUUCCCUCUGACGGUGACGUGUACGUCAGCUGUUCUCUGCAGACGAAGAAAACCUCACAGAGAGCAGUCCCACAGUCCAGCCAGACCAUGCAGACAGAGUUUAUCAGUCUACAAACCAAUCAGUACUGCAGAGAUGAGCGCCGGCGCCCUCUUGUGGUCCCUUUGUGUAAUGACACACAAGUAGGCCAGGCAAGGUGCCGUAAAUCACAGGUUAAGGAUAGAUACUUUAUUGAUCCUGAGGGAGAUUCAACAAAAUAAUAAAUAAAUAAGUCAAUAAACAUCUAACCAAGACAUUAUGGGAUGCAUGGCACAUUGUAAGACUACAUUCAAGGAGUGUAAGCACAAGCCACUGACGCAGGAACGCCAUGUGGUCAAUCAUCACACUACACCCCUUUUAUUUAUAUAUCUUUAAAUAUUUAUUUGGAGAGUAACGUCUCAGAAAAAUAAACACUAAGGAUAAAUGUAUUGUUGGUUUCUCUCCGUUUAUGGGAUGUGUUGACAUCUGCACGUGUUGACGAGGUUUGAACCAAAUGAUUGUGGGACGUCAUCAAACUUUUGGAAGAGCCAAACAGAAAGUAGAAAUGCCUGCAGAGGAUACGGCUCGUCGUGUGGAUGUGUGUGUGUCCAAGUGUUGAGCACUUAAAGUGAUGUGUGUUUAUUUUCAUACUGGUUGACUGUUACUGGAAACACAAACAUGGCUGGAGGACGGAGCGUCCAAAACUGACUGGUUUGUGUUUUCACUUUUUAACAUCCUUUUUUUUGUUCAUAAAGUUCAGAUCAUGUGUCUAAAAACGCUGCAACUUCAGCUCUCAUUAACUUUAUUCACUGUAAUAAAAACUUUAUUAGUCGAGCUGCACAAUCACAGACACCAGUGCUAACACUGGGCGUACAGACGGCUUAAAGGGAGGGUUGGUCAUUCUCCAAAACAAGCAUGAUCGUGAAAGUAGCAUUCCCUCAGUGAUCUGUCUUAAGAAGUGGAUCUGGAGGAAAUCACCCACCCUGCCUUUAAGUCUUUUGAGGAUGUUUUAAUGACUGAUUUAUAGUGUUUUUAUUUUUUGUUGCCUUUUUUGUUUUAGACUGUACUGUAAAAGAACUCCACCAUGUGUGUUUAUUUUUGUUAACUGUCAGAACUGUGGUGUGUUGGGAUGUUUCUAUAAAGACGUGGACUCAGUA